AUGCACGCCAUUCUUGCUAUAGUAGCUUUCCUAGCUACCGCGAUCGUUGCUCAAGACUCAAGGCCCUGUGUGAGAACUGGCAGAAGGGGCUCGUGUGAAGGAGAUCCAUACUCAGUACACUGGUUUUGCCCCGAUGGAACAAACUAUCCUACGCUGGAGCCAGGCUCUCCUUGCGAGCCCGAGAAUGGCAAACAAGGCACCGACUUCUGCGUGAGUGAAUGCGCAUGGAAAGAUUCACUUCGUCUGCUGACUCGAAUCAACACAGUGCCGCUCCUGAAGGUACUGGUGACCAAGGUACAGGUCUCGAAGUGGAGGUGUAAGCCUCUAUCCGACGGCUGUGCGGACAGCGUUCUCAGCUACGUCGAGGGUACUCAGCAGCCUAGAGCCAUGACAGGAGGGUUGAUGAAGGCUUGUCCACAGAGCACGUAG